ACCAGGUGAACUGAGGUUUCUUGCCGGAGUUCAGCUUUGAAACCAAAAUUAACACUUUUCUUAAUUGAAAACUGAAAAUUCUUUAGAUCCCCAACCAGACUCUGCCCAUGUGCGAGGAGAGGUGCUAAUCAGUCGACUGAUGCUUGUUGGACUGAUGGUUGAAGGGGUAUUUUGGCAAAGUGGACCAAGCAAGAUGCUCUGAAUGAAGACCCGCUGGUGACGGAGGAGGAGGAGGCGUUUUAUUGUCUGCCAAAAUGCGUUUCUGAGGACUCGGAUUAUUUACUUGGAGGCGCGACAAUGACGUCAAACUCGUCUAAGCUGCUGGAUAAAAAGUCCUGGCAGGAGUUUGCCUGCGGGUGGGGCGCCGCCUUCAUAAACAUUACGGUCACCUACCCCAUCAACAAAGUCAUGUUCAGACAGAUGCUUCACGGUCUGAAAACAAAGACUGCGGUGGCCCAGCUGCGGUCGGAGGGAGCCUGGUACCUGUAUCGAGGGAUGCUGCCACCCCUUGUGCAGAAGACCUUGAGUGUGUCUCUCAUGUUCGGAAUGUACGAGCAGUAUAAACGAAUUAUUCACACAAAUAUUCCUUCGAUGCCUGGACCACUGACGAAUGCAACGGCAGCAAUGUUGGCUGGAACCACUGAGGCUGUUUUGGCACCCUGUGAGAGAAUUCAGACUCUUUUACAGCACGAGAGCUACCAUUUGAAGCUGAAAAACACAGCCCAUGCCUUCAGUUAUGUCUGGGCAUCUCAUGGAGCAAAGGAAUUUUAUCGAGGCCUAGUGCCCAUUUUGCUCAGGAAUGGCCCAAGCAAUAUUUUAUUUUUCUGGGGGAGAGAAGAAGUCGCAAAACGUUGGCCCACAACCUCAAAUCCGAGCUUAUCUUUGGUACGGGAUUUCGUUGGUGGGGCCCUAAUCGGAGGCGCAAUUUCAACCCUCUUCUACCCAAUAAAUGUAGUAAAAGCUCACAUGCAAGCUCAGCUAGGUGGACCUUUUCAUCCGUUGACUCAGGUGUGGCGUGAAGUGAGCCGUGAGAGAGGAGGCUGGCGCAAAAUGUUCCUCGGCGUGCAUGUAAACUACACAAGAGCGUUGAUUAGCUGGGGUGUGAUUAAUGCGUCUUACGAAUUGUUAAAAAAUUUGUUCGUCGAUACUUAGUGUUGGCAAAGAGGGACAUUCAUCAUUAUAUUUUAUUAUACAUGCAGAGCACACACAAACACAGCUGAUAUUGGGAAAACUAUUUUAUUUUUGUUCAUUAUUGUCCACUGUGUGGAUUCAGUCAAUUUUUGAUGCUAGUUUAGGGAUAACGCCAUUUCAAAUGCAGAUUAGCUUGAAACUGUUGUAUAAUAAUUAUGUAAUUUCUUGAGUGUUGUUAGCUACGAUGCCAUUGCGUUGAUUGUUCCUUUUACGCAGCAAUUAAAGUUUUUAUCGUUGAUGUUGCUA